AUGGCUAUUACCCAGGGGCGGGCGGACGACAAUAAUCAGAGCAACACCGAUGAAACGCCCUAUGACUUAUUGGAAAGGCAGCGGGCAGUACUGGCGUGUUUUAUUUUGAGCUCUAAUAUUGCGUCACACCUUGGCCGCCAAGAUGCUCUACGAUGGACACCUCAGAUGGAAGAGGCGCUUCGCGUCCUCACAAUAAGCGAGGCAUGCCCCGCAGAUAGGUUAUUUAUCUCUCAAGUCCGCUUGCAGUUGUUAAAGCAAAGAGCGGAUGACGUCCGACAACAGGACGAGGCUCGCACUGGAACAACCCCGGCGGCGGUUUCAGCUCCUCGCCUAUUGUAUCUUAAGACUUUACGAAGGGAGCUGCAUGAGCUACGAUCUUUAUUUCCCGCGGAUCUCCCCCAGCUAGACAUUCUCAAUACACACGCCCAAUACGUUGAAUUAUACAUAAAUCAGCUCGCCUAUUCCGUCAGUCAAGACUCGCCUCCUCUCAAUCUAUCUGGGCUACAGGGAUUCGAACGCCUGGAGUGUUUGUGGCAGUCCGUUGAGAACAUCAAGGCGUGGCUGGACAAUUUCUACCGGAUCCCUUGCUCGAAACUAGUCGGCCAGCCCUUUCAUUUCUGGUCCCAGAUGAUUCUGACAGUGACACUGUUGAAAUAUCUAUCCACACUUAAAGACCCCGAAUGGGACUGCCAAGCGGUGCGGAACACAGUUCACCUUAUCUCGACGAUGGACUGUAUGCUGCAGAAGCUCGAUCUGAGCAGCAAGGAGCCGGAACUUCAGUGCAACGACCAUUUGCUUAAAUUUUUAUCCAAGCUUUUAACCAGAUGUCGCCUGUGGGCUGAAUCUCGGUGGAACAUAGCUUCUCAGAUCCAUGAUGUGGAAACCAGGCCGUGCCAGAGUGCCAACCCUGACACAACCAGUCACAAUCACCAUAUCCCAGAUCUAGAUCAAAUGAUUUGGAUGCAGUCGAUGGAUCUUGGAGAUGAUCAGUGGUUUGAGAAUGUACUGGGUAUGCCCGCAGCAUUCUACUAG